UCAGUUCGAAAAGUAACGUCUCGUCGAACGGUUGUAAUUGCUUCGAAGGUCUACAAUCACCAGUCGGGAUCACUGGACUUGCGGCAUUGCGCUGCGUAUUAUCCUUCGCCAAGUGAUUUACCUUUCUCAUCCAGAUUGCUUCCUGGGUCGGAAGACGUAUAGAGCAGAUAUCAAAAAAUAGUUCAAAUUGUUUCCCGGCGUGACGUAUCGCAGUACCUUCGUUUGCUUCACUCCAGAGUUUAUCGACAUUCUGUUUGCUGACUUUGUGCCAAAGUUGUUUUUGUUUUCUGUUAAGCAAAUUAAAUCAUAGUUCUACUGAAUCGUGGAGGAGUAUAGCGCUGAUGUCAUUUUACCAUAUACUGUGCGGUUGUUGACGAUUUUUGUGGAGUGCAGAAUGACGCUAUAUGUAAUUUGAAACACACAACAGUACUAGUGGUGACAGGGAGUAGGUUUAUUAGAAUAACUGAUCGAAAGUUAGAUAACAAUUACAAAAAUGGCAACGCAAACCAUGCCGAGUUCACAGACCAGCAGAGGCACGGCAACGAAUCCUCAACUCAAAAGUCUAGUGUACUCUAAGUAUCGCGAACUAUUGGGAUCCUAUAACGGAAAAGCCAAUGAAAUUCUUCAAUCGUACCCGGCACAUAUGGUGAAAGAAGACAAAGGAUUUGGCUUCACGGACAAUUAUGGAGGCUCCCCGCAGUCUACAAUCGGAAACUCGGCCCGACGAAUACAAGCACAAUUGCCGGCAGAGCCACCGGCUUGUGUUCAAAAUGCCAUGAUGCGCCGGGACAAACAACCCUUCACCUACACACCUGGUGGCAUUGACUUGUCACAAAUUAAGUCACCACGCAUGGCAAAACGGAUAUCACGGAAUGCACAAUCCGAGGGUGUAUCAGGUCAACCAAAAAUUUCUCCAUUAGCACAGAAUAAUAACAAUAGUAGUAGCACUAGUAAUGGAAAUAAUCAGCAAGCAGUAUCACCUGCCGCAACGUUAGGAGCUGCUGCUAUGGGUAUGCCUUUUCAAGUAUUUCCUACUGAGGCACCUGCACCUCCACCUCCGCCACCACCACCAAGUAUGAACAAGAGGCCUACUCCAAUCCAGACCAAUGGUAAUGGGGGUCCUGUACCACCUCCUCCUCCUCCUCCUCCAGCUCUAUCAGCAGAACCGACAACAGAGAAAAAGACUCGCAUACCACAAACGUUUGAGCCUCCACCGAUGGGAUGUCGGCCCGAAAUUAAAAUUCCUCCGAACCCGAUAGCCAACCUGCGAAAAGCUCCAAGGCCGCAACCGAGGAACGAUUUCUGGAUAGAAGAGUAUCGCAACGAAAAACUCAAUGAGAUGCCGGAUCGAACUUAUAACGCUCCAGUUUUCAAUUCCAGAGAAGCAGAUGAAGAAGUCGCUAAGAAUACUCAGAAUCGCACAGAUGAACUUAGUGUUAGAAAUGAAUCACCUAAGAAACGAUCACCAAGCCCAUCCAAUCUAACUAAAUUGCUCGAAAACGGAUCACGGGGGUCAUCAAUUAAGACACCUCCUGUCUAUAGUCAAAGUCCUGUUCCAGCCAGUCUUCCUCCACCGAUCACACCGACCAAAGUGUCACAGCCUCCAUCAGAAACAUUCAAUCACUCUCCAGAAACACCACUAGACAAUGAACAGUCUUCCAAAGCACGACAAGUUUCAUCCUCACCAAUUUCACUGUCUACCACUUCCAAUGGCACUAACAAUGGAAAUAAGAAACACACAAAUAACACAGAGCCGGCGAUUACGAAGCCACCUACAGCACAAAAACCAGCCCCACAACCAUUAGGCUCACUCUAUAUUCCUCCAGCUCAUGAAGUGUUCGCUAAUAGCAAGCAAACUCUCCUCAAUCAAACAAGUCCACCAUGGAUGUCAUCUCGACAAAACAGUCUCAAAGAACAACCCGAAUGGGUUCAUAAAGAAGAUCCAGAUUUCCCCAGCACAAAAUCACAAGUGUCCGUAUCUUGUCGUAACGAAUCGCCAACUAAAGUUUCAGAAACCAUUGCUACAGCUCCACCCAGUCCUGCUAAAUCUACCUCAGUGUCCCAACAACAAGCUUCACAGUUGGCUGAAACAACAAGCACGCCACAUCCUAACGAUUAUCCAGCAAUUUCACAAACACAUUACAUACAACUGCAAAACCCUGCAACGAAAAUUGCUACAGUCGUGCAACAAGUCGCACCGGUCGCAAUGCCGGGCAGUAGAAGUUAUGCACAAACCCCAGUGUACGUUCAGAAUCAGAUGUACUCUCCGCAGUUGGCAUCCCCCCAGAAGGAACGCAUUAUACCAAUCCAAAUCGAACAAUCACCGAUCAAAACUCCUGCAUCAGCUCCGAAUUUCGCACCUCCACCGUACUACAAUCCAGGGCCGCAGUACAGCGUUCAAUCACCGAUUACCGUGGGAUAUCCAAUACCGCACAGUGGAUAUACGACACCUACAGCAAUGUUUUCGAAUCCAAAUCACUUCGUGAACCAAGGCUACAAUAACAUAACUUAUCAACCACCGUCGCCACAACAUCAAGUAUAUCAACAGCCCUAUCAGCAUCAACAGUCGAUACCUCAACAACAUCAGCACAUGAUGUCGCAACAGCCUAGAGGCCAGCAACAAACGCCUACACAGCAGCAACAACAACAACAACCAGGAGGUGUCCGCAUCAUACCAAUCAAGGUUGAAAAUACAGAUAACGGAGUUAGCUCGACAAACGUUCGGGGACCACUCUCAAAGACCCCAGCGGUUAUUCAGAGCGAUCCGCGAAGCAGUAGCAAUUCCCAGUCCUGGAACGGUAAUGCCACACCGAAUCAGUCACGUUCAUUCAGGGUGCUUCAACAAAUAACGGACACGAUGCAGGAGGCUGAUCCACAAUCAAAACCAUCCACACCUGGUUUAGAACAGCAACAGCAGCGGCAGACCGGUAGCGGCGAUGCACCAGACAGUCAACUCCGAAGGAUGCAGUUGAACAACGAAGAUAAAGCAAUGCUGAACCGAGUCAAAACCCAAGUUGAUGGAGAAACAUACCUUCAUAACGAAGAAGAUCCCCGUUAUCGAGGAUCCGUAAUACCUUCGAAAGCGUUUCGAUAUCUUCAAAAUAUUACUGAAGGGAGUCAACCUUCGAGCUCUGCCGAUGCUGGUCCAGUGAACCGAGCCAACCAGAUGUAUGCACAAAAUCGCGGAAACUUCAGUGAAUCAGAGGAUGAUACAGUACAGCAAUAUAUACCACCAAGCGAACAAAAAGUGGAAGAGCCUAAAAAAUACACCGGAAGCGCUAUUCCUAGCCGAUCAUUCAAAAUACUACAAGCAAUGACUCAAUCGGAUGCUCCUGCCGAUUCAAACUCCUCUGAUACUGAAGGUAAUCAAAAUUUACCAUGCAGCGGCGAAAUCCGUUAUUCACCCUAUCCUUAUCCACCACAAACUCAUUACUGUUGCUAUCCCAAUUGGCAUUAUUACGAUCCUAGCAAUCCUCAAUACUACUCUCAUCCUCCGCUGCCACCUCCGACCCCUAUUCAUGCAUCCGGUUACUAUUAUCCACCACCAUCGCCACACGGUCACUACGAUCGUGGCGGUUUUUAUGCCGGCUAUAUAUCACCACAUCAUCUCUACUAUCCACAAGAACCAUGUUCACCCUGUACUCCUCCACCAUACUACCAGAUAGGGCAACCACAAUUUGCGUACUACGAAAACGUCGUGCCUGAUUCACCGAAUCAUACCUUCGUCAUCGCAACACCGCCACCACGAAUUGUGGUUACCCCGACUCCCGAGGAUUCGUCCGAUGUUGAGUCUAUUCUCAGUGAUUUAAACAACCGACCGUACCCUUUAACCCGCUCGCAAAGCAGUCUCAAGCGCCUUUCUGAAAGGUUGGCUAACUUCAGUGCAUCACCGGAAAUUUUCCUUCCUACGGACCAAGAUCCACCGAUACGGUGUUCGCCCAGUAGUCCGCUAAACGAAAGGUACCGUACAUUUGAGGAAAGUACAUCAUCUGCGCCUUCCCCUCAGUCUGUGUGUUCAGACCCGCAAGAGGAAGUUAGCACGAAGUCGACUGACGGUACUCAAGAAAACACCAUCUUACGCAACGGUGUUCAGAAAGAAGAUUCAGUCAACCCAGACGAAGACGAAGAUGACAGUAAUGAAGAAAGCGAAGAUGAAGAAACAGUCGGCAACGACGAUAAUCCACCAGAGCAUCUGCCCCAUCAACUAAGUGUUAUUUUCGAAGAAGAAAGCAAUUAUUCUGGCUCUGCCAACCCCAGUCGAAGGUCCAGUGUUUGUAGUAAUACAUCUACUCUGAGUGAUUGUUCAUCUACACUCGCAAAUGACUUGGACGCGGACGAGCAAGAUCAAAGGGUAGAAGAAAUUGAUGGUAACAACACGGACGAUGACAUAGAUCACUUGGAAGAUGCUGAUACUACUGCAGCUGAGCGAUCACAUGACAAGCAACAAACAAAUCGCACAGAGGAACAGAACACUUUAAACAAUGCAACCGAGGAUAGUUCGGAUGAGUACAGUGAAACAGAUACUGAAGAAGAAGGCACAGAAGAAGAAGAAGAAGAAGAAAAAGCAGAAACUGAAGUGACAUCGAAUAGUAAGAAAUCAACAAAGGAACCAGAAUCAAACAAAGAUUCAGUAGAAUCAGAAGAAAGUGAAAGCGAAGACACAGAUGAAAGUGAGAAGGAAAUAGAAGAAGAUCAAUCGGAGAAGCCAAUAAGCGGAAAUUCAGCCGAAGAUAAUGGAACUCAUACUGAUGUAACGGUUACUAUUACCAUACCUUCAGCAAGUAAAAAAACGAUUGACAAGGAAACAGACAGGAAAGAUGAAAAGACUGAACAGAAAUUCAGUGUUGAUUACGAGGAUGAUGCACAUGUUUCAGUCUCUGUUUCAUUGCCACUUAAAUUAAAAUCUACAAAUACCGAUACUUCAAACGAUACACCCAAAGAAACUGAUGAAAACAAUGAACAAAGAGAAACAACGGAUGGAGAAAUGCAACAGGACGAGGAUGAAGAGAUAGAUUUCUGGAGUCAAAUUGGAGAGGAAGAUGAAUUCAAUCGUCCUAGCCGGUCGUAUUCAAGAGACUACUGGAGUAGCCGAGAGGUUAGCAUUGAUCGAGAUGGAGACUGGAAUCAGGACGAGGAUGAUGAGCAUCACAUGGACGAUGCAACUGAUUUCUGGAAGAACGAAAAUGGACCCAACGAAGCAAUUGAUCUCUGGAAGGCUGAUUCAGCAGUUGAGACAAUACUAGAGCUGCAGAAUAAUGAGGGAGAGGACUCAAUAGACUUCUGGCAGAGCGAAAACGAAAGAAUUGUUAACGAUUUGUACAAAAAGCGGGAGCAUACUGUCGAAACAGGGGCUGUCUGUUCAAUUCAGGAUGAAAAUAACAACUCAAGUACCUGGAUUGAACAAGAGCCCAUUUUAAUAACUGAACAGGACGCAUCAAGCAGAGAAGAUCGAAACAAAUGCAAUUCUAUGGCUGAAAUCAGCACCACAGUAAAACAAUCCACUGAACCUGUAGAAACAGAGAGCUCGGAGGAAGAGAGCGAUGAUGAUAGUGAAGAAUAUGAAACAACCAAUACCUCAAAGGAGGAAUCAGAUAUGGAUGCGAUUGAAAUAUGUGCCGAGCUAAAAUCUACUGAAAAGGCAAAUUUAAUGAAAACACCGGAUGUCAUUCUAAAAAAAGCCCCGCCUGUAGACAAGAUUGAUCACAAAUGCAACGGUAUUCUAGAAUUGAUCUCAACCAUAACCAGAACGGACGACAAAACACUUUCGGUUCGAGAAAAAGUUUCUAUAUUUGAAAACCAGUCUUCUAACCCUGCUCAGGAUGUACCGAAACGACAGAAGACGAACGAUGCAAAUAAUCGUUUAAGACCUCCAUCGGCACAGAAACAGUCUUGUGAAGAGUCGGAAGCAGAAGAUGAUUCGGGUGUCACAUCUGACAUUAGCAAGCAUAUAUCAGAAGUGGAAACUGAUUCAGAAUGCUUCCCUGAAAUGCGAAAAAUGACGCGUUACCAGCGAGCAGCGACACAUUCCAGGUUAUUCCAACUUUUGCAGGACGAAAGUAAUAACGGAGAUAGUGAAGAUGAAGAAGACAAAAAAAUGCAAUCAGUCGAAUACAUCGAGCUGCACAACGAAGAUAGUAAAACGAAGAGCAUCAACAGCUCCCAUCACCCAAAGUUAAACAAAUGUAAAGGAUCUUCGUUCGAAGACAACUCCAGUACAUCGAACACUGCCACCGAUCGUAGAGAUCGAUUAUCACUGCCAAUCCGACAUCAAUCCUCCUCUGGUAUCGAUAGCUUGUCGUCUUCUACAUCAUCAGCGUCUCCUGUAUCAGGAGUAACCAACGAGAAACUUGCUGAAGAACUAGUGCUGAGCUUGCUGAUGAAGAAAAAGGGUAGACUGUUUCGUAAUUUACCACUGGAAAAACUGCACGCUGCUGCACUCAAGAUUCUUCAAGAAGAUCUUGAAUCGAAUGCAACCAUUAGUUCGAAUGAGGACAACAUAACUACAGUUGACUCGACACCUGCUUUAACUCCACAGGAAUUCAAAUCUGAAUAUCAAAACUCUUAUUCCGAUUAUUACGAUACUUGGAGCGAUGCAAAUGGGAAAUCAUUUCCACAUGACUCAGUAGGUACUGCCGUAGAACCACUGCCAUCAAAAACGUUUAGAAACAUACAAGAACAUACCGCAAAUCGUAAACCGUCCAACUGUUCCGUUCGAUGUCCCCGAGUGCUCAGUAACAAAAGCAUAUCGCGACUAGCAGAAGUUCGUGAGUCUGAUGCUCCUGAAUGUGGCCCUAUCUCGCGAUCAAGGCCACCCUCACGUACGUCCGUUCACUCGUUGCCGCCAUGUUAGUCCUGAUGAAAAAGUGAUUGCCGAAGUGCGAAACGUACAAUUCACACUAAAAACUUGUUGAACUAGGUAGCUAAGAUCCUGGUACGGAGAAGAGCAUUGUCUGCUUAGUGAGUUGGAACACGCUUCUGCAACGAAUGCCUUUCGUAUUUAUCUGUAGUAAAAUUGUAAGGAAACAUUGUACUUGAGCAUUUAACGAAAUGUAUAUUUAUGAGAAAAUGUUCAGAACACGAGGUAGCAGGAAGCAUUCAUAAAAACAUAUCAUCAAGAUUUCAGAGAAGCAGGUCCCGGCGAAACUGACUUCUGAUAGGGCAAGGAACAAAUCACAUGCACUAGAUCCACAUGCCUUAACAUGGAUCCGGUAACACGCACAUAUUAACGAAUAAAUUGUAGCAUUUUAUUAGUUGUAUAAAGGAAAUACUAGGAUUAGAUGUAUACUACUAAAAAUACUGUUUGAACGAAACGAUAAAAAAUUCACAAAAAAAUACACUUUAUAUCGAAAUCAAAACAGCUCUUUUUUGAAGAUUUAUAAUAUUAUCGAUUUCUAUUGAACCAAACAAUUGUGUGAGUGUGAGAUCUCAAAUUUACAUAAAAAAGUUGUGAUUUCGAUUCUGGCCUUGUCACUGAAAUCUUGAUUGGAUCUUUUUUUUUUGAAUGCUGAACCAUUAUUAUGGAAAAUAGCGGAAACAUAUUUAAGUAAUUAAAUGGUGAAGCAAAAUGCGUCAAAUGUUUUACUUUAAAUAAAAAAUAAUGCUUAUUUUUCAUUCGUCUUAUUAAUAUACACUAUUUAUUUUCGCUCAGCCGAAUGUUACUGUAACUGAAAUGUUAAAGGCUUAGAUUUAGUCAUAUACGUGGGAGAAGUGAACAGCGUAGCUGAAACGAAAGCCUGAACUGAAGUGUACUGUAAUUAAUACAUCAAAUAAAACAUUAUCACAUA